UUGUUGUAAUGUGUGCAAACAACGAUGCAAUCCGGGCCAUAAUGCUUAAAGCCUAUGAUAUGGGCAUGACCACAGGGGAAUACGCAUUUUUCAACAUUCAGCUUUUCGACAGCGACUAUUUCGGCGACUCUGGCUGGAGACGAAAUGACGAAAAUGACGAGAAAGCUAAGGAAGCGUAUCGGGCGAUGAUGACGCUUACCCUUCGGAAGCCCGACUCUCCGGAAUAUAAAAACUUCUCCAUUGAGGUAAAGGAACAUGCGCUGAAAAAAUACGGGUACAGUUUCGAGAAGCACCAUCAAGAAGUCAACAGUUUCGUCGUUGCUUUCCACGAUGCCGUUGUUCUGUACGCAAUCGCCCUAAACGAAACCCUGAGUGCAGGGUUUGAGCCAACGAAUGGCGAAGAGAUCACUAAACGAAUGUGGAACAGGACAUUUAAAGGAAUCGCUGGAGUUGUGAGCAUUGACGCAAAUGGUGAUAGGGAAGCAGAUUACUCGCUCCUGGACAUGACUGAUGAAGAGACUGGCACAUUUGAGGUUGUCGGGAACUACUAUGGUGCGUCGAAAGAGUAUGAGGAAGUCGGUAAGAUAAAUUGGCCGGGUGGAAAAGCACCCCCUGACAUUCCAGUGUGUGGAUUUGAAGGCUGUCCAAUUCCCACAGAGGACCCAGGCAUCAGACCUUUGGAAAUCGCUCUCUCUACUAUGUGUUCCCUAUUGCUCAUCUUUGCGGUAGUUAUUGCUUUAGUGGUCAGGCGUUAUAAAUAUGAAGCUGAACUUGCAAACAUGUCUUGGAAAAUUAAAUGGGAUGACAUUCUCUUUGAUCAAAAGGAUAAGAAAAAACUGUCGGGGAGUCGGCUGAGUAUCGCACCGAGCCAGGCAUCAGGUGGAUCCGGUCAGAGUGUAUGGGGCGCCCAACGACAAAUAUUUACUGUAAUUGGUUACUAUAAGGGGAAUAUUGUUGCUGUAAAACGAGUUGAAAAACCUAAAAUUGAACUGAAUCGAACUAUUCGAACUGAAAUGAAGAAAAUGCGUGAAAUUCAACAUGACCACGUGACUAAAUUUGUUGGUGCCUGUAUUGAUUCUCCCAAUAUUAGUAUAAUGACUGAGUACUGUCCAAAGGGUAGCUUACAGGAUAUUUUGGAGAAUGAAACAAUAGAGCUGGAUGACAUGUUCAAAUGUUCUAUCAUGUACGACAUCGUAAAGGGAAUGCAUUAUUUGCAUAAUUCACCAUUAGAAACCCAUGGAAACUUGAAGUCGUCGAACUGUGUAGUUGACAGUAGGUUUGUUGUCAAAUUAACGGAUUUCGGGUUGACAGAGUUCCGAUCGUGUGAUGAAGCUGGCAUUGAUCCUGAAGACGAAUUCAAAUAUUACCAACAACAAUUAUGGACUGCACCCGAGCUUCUGCUUUCGCCCAAGAAAGGCGGAACAGUAAAAGGGGACGUUUACAGCUUCGCCAUAAUAGUUCAGGAGAUAAUUCACCGUGAAGGAGUGUUUUGGCUGGCCAACAUCGAAUUGUCUCCGAAAGAAAUUAUUGAACAAGUACAAUACGGAAAGGCUGCAUUUCGACCGACCCUUCAACGAGACCUUUGUCCAAAUGACUUGUUUAGCCUUGUGGAUAGGUGUUGGGCCGAAGAACCAAGUGAUAGACCAGAUUUUGAUGCAAUCAGGAGUGUCGUACGUAAAUUCAACAAAUCUGAAGGCGGUGCGCUUGUCGACACCCUCUUGAAGCGAAUGGACAAAUACGCUACGAACUUAGAAUCAUUGGUCGAAGAGAGAACCGCACAAUUUCAUGAAGAAAAACGGAAAUCAGAAGAGCUUUUGUAUCAGAUAUUACCCAGGUCUGUUGCAAAUGAACUGAAGCAGGGAAACCCAGUGAGGCCUGAAGCGUUUGAAAGUGUCAGUAUAUAUUUCAGUGACAUCGUAGGCUUUACCAAACUCAGCUCUAUGAGCACUCCGAUUCAGGUUGUUGACCUUCUCAAUGACCUCUAUACCUGCUUCGACGCAAUCAUCGAUAAUUUUGAUGUUUAUAAGGUGGAGACGAUUGGCGAUGCGUAUAUGGUUGUGUCUGGUCUACCAAUCCGUAAUGGUGAUUUCCACGCCCGGGAGAUUAGCAGAAUGGCACUGAAGUUAUUAGAAGCCGUCAGAACAUUCAAAAUCCGCCACGUGGAGGAUGAGAAAUUGAAGUUACGAAUUGGAAUCCAUUCGGGGCCUUGUGUGGCCGGCGUUGUGGGGUUAAAGAUGCCUCGGUACUGUCUGUUUGGCGACACUGUAAAUACAGCUUCACGAAUGGAAUCCAACGGCGAACCCUUGAAGAUUCAUAUAAGCCAAAGUACAAGGGAUAUUCUUGAGUCAUUCGGUACAUUUGUUUUAGAACAUCGAGGACAAAUCGAGAUGAAGGGCAAGGGACUACAAACAACAUAUUGGCUGCUAAAUGAAAUGCCUAAGAAUGGAAUAAGAGAUUUCAAAUAUAAAGAGUUAUCAGUCUGAAGUACUUGGAUAUGGUUAGAGUAUUGAUAACUUAUGAUAUCGCGUGUGUCUUAUCCGCAUAAAUACCAGAAAGGGAUGUCGUCCAGCAGUUAAUGAAUAUUUUGAAAGUUCCCGAUUUAUCAAAAUAUGUACCGUAUUCACAUAAAUCAAAUAUUUUCUCCGGCUAACGAAGAUAUGGUAUUGGAUAGCUUUAUCAUAGGAUAUCAGCAGUGUGAUGAUUGACGAUUUUAGCCAUAUAGAAAAUAUUUGUUUAUUGAUACUUUAAGCGUGGAUACAAGCGAAGAGAAUGUUUGUCAGAGGUGUUCGCGGCGUUAUGUUUAGGUACUGUCAUUGCAAAUUGUCGUGGAUACAGUCGUGGGGUAUAUUUGACAGAGGUAUUCACGGCGUUUUGUUUUGGUACUCUAAUUACAAAUUUUAAUUCCACUACAACAGCCCAACCAGUAUUUAUCAUUUGAACCACUGAAGAAACAAACACUCUAUUGAAUCUAUAUUUUGAGGUAUUGUUUAUGCAUUACCUAUGAGUGAUUGAUAAACCUUCUAUUUGAAAGAAAAUGUCGAGUUAUGAUAUAAAUUUCGUAUUUUGUUCGUGUUGAAUAAAAUAUCUAUGUUAAUCAAAUGAGAACUGUUAAAGUUAAUGAUUGAUUAUAACACACUCCUCUUAUCAAUAGAUAAUCUGUUGUUUUGUUUUUAAAAUACAUCAAGUUUUAUUUUAAAAUUGAUGCUUGUAAGUCUCUAGGAAUGAAAAUGGCCUACGUAAUUGAAUCUAGCUAAAUCUUUUAUCAGCCGUCUCGUUAAUUUUAAAUAAGCAUUACUAUGUCGUAGACAUAUAAACAAUCGUACGCUGUAUACUGUCGUCUGCAUUAUUUAGUUUAUUAACUAAUAACAUGUGGUUGAACAGAUUAAGAACUGCUAAUAGACGUUUACGGAGUCUUAAACUUAACUACUGGCCAAUCAUAACGUGCUGUUUAAAGCCAGGAGCGCAUAAAUGCCCCACAAGCACUCACGUUAAGGUUGUAUAAGGUCCCACUCCUUAGCAACAAUAUUCAAGGGACGGGAUUAGUGAAUAGGUCCCAUUUUAGGCUCUAUAAAAAUGCAGACUAUAGUAUAAAUUGUGUAAUCUUCUGUUUAUAUACCUUCAACACAGACAUGCGCACAAAAAUACCACAGAUGGCUUAUUUGCAUUUUCGUACCUGUGGUUUGUACCAAGUGCUUUCUCCGCCUCUGUAAGAAUCUCAUUGUAAAUUAAGAUAGUCUAUCAGUAUAUUUAUAUGUAUUGCUUUUUGUACAUUUCCAUCGAACAGGGAUUGUUCGAAUAUAUCGUAAAUACGCUGUAAGAUAAUCGUGUUUAUUUUAUAUAAUUAAAACUUGUUAUAUCAUCAUAGAUCUAGUCGAAUUAUAAUUAAUUGUUUAUACGUCAUGGUUCCAUGAUAUAGAAAUACUUUUCCCAGUCGUAUCCUGCAGGUUCCAAGAUCUAGUAGGAGCAGAUGCUAUUCGCAAAUGAGGUAAUAAUUUACCAAAGACUUGUGCGUAAUUUGGGAAAUGUAAACUUUCUAAUGUAUGAUGAUGAUUGUCAUGAUCAUACCAAAGUUAAGACUUUAGGAAAAUAAAAUAUAAAUAACGGUACUAAAAUUAUGGAUACCGUAGGACGUUAAGAAUGCGUUUUUAUUUUGUAGAAUACAGAUGUUGGAUAUAAAUUUGGCAGGAAUUUUUUUCUUAAGGUUAGCUGUUAUACUAUUAGGCAUUGUAUGAGAAUAACAUUUAAUAAUAUGGGUUUAUCGAAAUUGGCUUUUUAAUUGUGAAAUUUGAAACGAACAGUUUCCACGAUUUGAAUGGUUGUCAAUGAAAACACAAAUCAAUGGUUUACUGUAAAGCUAUUAAAUUCUGGUUGGUAAGAAGUUGGUUUGCACUGAAUUCAAACGAAAAUUACAUAUCCUACAGAUAAUGCCUUAGUUUAGUUCCAUGUAAAGUAAAUAAAUAUUUUGAAUAGACCUACAGUAUUAAUACAGGUAUCCGCAUUUCGGUCUAAUGAAUAAUUAAUACUGAAAUUAUGUAUAUGCACUUUGUUGUAAAUUUCAGUUUGACAAUACUGAUAUUAUUAGUCCCUUUUUAAAAAAUAUACUGUAUACGUUUAAUUUUCAUGUAAAUACAUUUUAAGAGUUCACAGAUUAAUAGAUAUUCUUUAACUUCCGGUAUACUUUGUCGAUAUAUGAGGAACAUGGCUUUGUAACCUAGCUAAAUGUACAGUCACAUUAAUUGACAAAUUGCUUCGAGUAUUCCUAAUGUUUUAUAACACUUAUCCAGGCUAGAUUAAAUAAUCCUUUGUUAAUUUCAAUAAUUCGUUUGUUUUUCCCAAUCCGUCUUCCACCAGGUGUAGUUUUUUUUUUUUUUUUUCUUUUUUCUUUUUUAAGCACAACGAUUUCGUUCAGAAAAAGCACUUUCUAUCUUCAUUGAUUAUGUAGAGUUAUUAUUUAUUAUGUACGUAAAAGUAUGAGAUAUAGACCUAUUUGGUGGAGUUUUACUUACUUAGCGGGAUUUCCUUACAGUGUUUUCUGAAAUAUGUGCCUCAUUUGAUCUAAUCUUGUGUUUUUAGAUUAAAGUAAUGUAAAGAUUAGAUGGUAUGUGGAUUUACCGUUUAUAAAGGUUACUCGUGUUUGUCAACCUAUAUUUAAAUAGAUGAUUUUCGCCGAAUCACUUUACACUGGAAAAGUUUCGCAACCUAUUAAGUUUUUGAGCCGGUUUCUAUAUGAUCUGUCAGAGUUUCAUCUGUGUUUUAGGAGAAUCAUCGAUUAUAAUUCAUAAUUUAAAACAAAACCUUGUAUAAAUUUGAAUCAUAUUUCCCAACGUAAAAUCGGACCAAGUAAAAUGAUGACCACCAUUAUUAUUAACAUAAAUAAUAAGAAUUAAUAAUGCAUAUUUACUAAAACUCACCAUAAACGAGGGAAAUUUGAACGUCAAAUCUAAGGCGUCUGCAAUUUCAAAAAGAAUAAAUGUUUGUGGAAACGAACAAAGAGCCAUAACAUAUUGGCAAUUAUUGUUGUUGUCGUAAGGUUGCAAAACAUUCCUAGUACCCGUAACUUCAACGGCGACCCAUUAAUUAAGUGUAAAUUUUGUUCACACUAUAUAAAUGCACUUGCAUAUUUUUAAUGAGGAACAAUACUAUUUUAAUCUUUUUUAUACCAUUUUAAUGUUUACCUGAAGAAUUUACUCAACCUUGAGAAUGCUCUUUAAGAAAUUGUCAUGUAUGGCUCUGAACAUUAAGGUAUUCCUACUAAACAGUGGUGAUAGUGUACACCGAUGUAGUUGCUUCACUUUUUAGAAGGCAACGAAUAUAGUCUGAUUAUGAAAGAUACUAACACUUUUAAGUGUUAGAUUCUGAUUUUUCUAGAUAGAAUAAUACUGUGAUUUGUGUUUUAACUUCAUUCAGGUUAUAAUUUUAACGAUAUUUUAAGAUACGAUGACUAUAAAUAAAGUAUUUGUAAAGGAAUGUGUUUGCCAUGUUUAUAGGCCACUUUGAAUUUUUGAACUCGUUGUUUACUUUGGAAAUUAAUGGGAUCAGAUGUUUGCAAUAAGUUCCAUGUACUUGUUUCAAGUGGUCGAUAAAUCAUAUAAGUAUUAUCAAUUUUUAUUCAGUAUUGUAGGUGUUUCUAUCGUUGGUAUUUCAACAAAAAAAACUUUGUUUAUAAUAUCAUAUACUUGGAAGGGGAAGAUAAUCAAUCGUAGAAUUUAGCAGGAUCUAAAUUUUACCUUAUAUCUAAGGACUAUAUCUUGAAAUGUAGUUAUAAACAAAAAUAUAUAUAAUUCAGUGGAGGUUUAUCACCGGUAACUAUCUAUUUAGUUGACAUUAUUAAAAAGACGACACAUGCGUCCAAUUUUUAUUUUCUCAACAGGGAAGAUUAUAUGAUUUUUCGAUAGCUUUAUCUUCUAGAAUUUCACAUAUUUUAAUAAAAUUCUUUGACGUUUACCAUUUUCACUAAUUCUAAACCCAAGAACACUAUUUACAUUAUUCGAUUCAAGCUAAGGUGACUGUAAACUUCGUGAACCACAGUAUAAUUAAGUGUUUUAUUGUGUAUAUCUAAUAAAUAUGUGUAUAUAAUAUAGGGUCUA